AUGCUGAGGAGCAGGAGGCAGGAUCUAGCACGAGCAAAAGUGACAGAGACUGGGCGUGCUGCCGUGCCACUGCCCGCUGCUGCUUUUGAGCAGGGCCCAGCUUCUGACUGUGGGCCACCUGACGCCUGUGGCGUGACAUCCAAGGUGAGCCCCCGGCCAGAAGGUGAGGUCCUGCACAAGGGCGGCAACGCAGCCUACCCCAGCGCUUCCUCACCUCGUGGUGAAGGCCAUGCUGAGGAGCAGGAGGCAGGAUCUAGCAAGAGCAAAAGUAAGAAAGGGCGCAGGAAGAAGAAUCCUGCAGGUGCUCCUGCACUUGUGGGUGGCGUGAGUGUUCGCCACAAGGUGACAGAGACUGGGCGUGCUGCCGUGCCACUGCCCGCUGCUGCUUUUGAGCAGGGCCCAGCUUCUGGCUGUGGGCCACCUGACGCCUGUGGCGUGACAUCCAAGGUGAGCCCCCGGCCAGAAGGUGAGGUCCUGCGCAAGAGCGGGAACGCAGCCUACCCCAGCGCUUCCUCACCUUGUGGUGAAGGCCAUGCUGAGGAGCAGGAGGCAGGAUCUAGCACGAGCAAAAGUAAGAAAGGGCGCAGGAAGAAGAAUCCUGCAGGUGCUCCUGCACUUGUACUUGUGGGUGGCGUGAGUGUUCGCCACAAGGUGACAGAGACUGGGCGUGCUGCCGUGCCACUGCCCGCUGCUACUUUUGAGCAGGGCCCAGCUUCUGACUGUGGGCCACCUGACGCCCGUGGCGUGACAUCCAAGGUGAGCCCCCGGCCAGAAGGUGAGGUCCUGCACAAGGGCGGCAACGCAGCCUACCCCAGCGCUUCCUCACCUCGUGGUGAAGGCCAUGCUGAGGAGCAGGAGGCAGGAUCUAGCAAGAGCAAAAGUAAGAAAGGGCGCAGGAAGAAGAAUCCUGCAGGUGCUCCUGCACUUGUGGGUGGCGUGAGUGUUCGCCACAAGGUGACAGAGACUGGGCGUGCUGCCGUGCCACUGCCCGCUGCUGCUUUUGAGCAGGGCCCAGCUUCUGACUGUGGGCCACCUGACGCCUGUGGCGUGACAUCCAAGGUGAGCCCCCGGUCAGAAGGUGAGGUCCUGCACAAGGGCGGCAACACAGCCUACCCCAGCGCUUCCUCACCUUGUGGUGAAGGCCAUGCUGAGCAGCAGGAGACUGCCCACUACGUCUUUGCAAACAUCCCAGUAUGA